AUGGAUGGCGUUACAGUGAGAUGGACAUAUAACUCCUCACACGACCCUUUGGAGGCCGAUUUCCAGAUUGGGCAGGAAGGACACAAUAUUGUCCCACAUGCAAUAGUUAAACUUAACAUGAGUUCUAUUGGGUUUCAGGCUGAGCAUGUUACAGGCCUUCUGGGUCCAUCUGCAUUCGUGAGGAUAUGGAACGCCGACUGGAUAGACACCUCGAGUGUUAAGGAACUCGCCAAAGUCAAUGGUUUCACACUUACCACCGCAACUACCCUUGUCCAUAUGACAUCGUCGGUACCCCGUGCUACUACUACCAGACCUGGAACCGCUACUGGCGCCUCGGCCUCAAAUGGCUCCCUGUCGACCACCAAACAGCCCAAGACGACGGUGACACUGACAGCCAUCCCCGAUCCUAUGCUGGAGGAAAGCAGCCCAGGAUUGUCCACAAGUGCGAAGGCAGGGGUUGGAGUCGACGUAUCCGUUGGGGCAAUUAUGAUUAUCUCAGCCGCUGCCUUUCUUUUCGUGAGGAACCGCAGGAAGCAGGGAACUAGGCAAGAUGUUCGAUCUGAGCUACCUGUUAAUCCCACUCCAAAGAAAGUAGCAGUCCUGUCUAAGCCCGCAGAACUCCAGUCAACAUCGACCACAAGCAUGAAUCUUAUGAACUGCCUGUAUAAUGGUGGCGGUGUGUAG